GGUGUUGGAGACUUUUGGGCGUUAAAACUCAUUCUACAAGCGAUCCGAACGCACAGUUGAGUUCGAGACGUAGACGCGUGCGCACCUACACGAGUUUGGUUAAUGUCGGCUAACGAAAUGGCGCUUGUGAAAAUAUGCAUAUUUGCUUUGGCUUUGGCCGUGGCUCUGACCGCAACCCAAGCGCAGGAGUCGAGAGGCGGUUUCCGUGGCAGUAACAGCCAGUUCCGCGUGGGACCUGGACAUCCGCCCUCGCAGCGCCAUUUGCCUCCACGAAACCGCGAUCCCGUCCAGGAGGCAUCGGUGGUGCCAAAGAGCAAACAGAAGGCGGCGGAGAAGGAGUACGAGCCCACCGAGGAGUGCCCGGAGCCCAAUGGUUUCUAUCCGGACAGCAAGCAGUGCGACAAGUACUAUGCCUGCCUGGAUGGUGUGCCCACGGAGCGACUGUGUGCCGAUGGCAUGGUCUUCAAUGACUACUCGCCCAUCGAGGAGAAGUGCGAUCUGCCCUACAACAUUGACUGCAUGAAGCGAAGCAACCUACAAACACCUCAGCCAUCGCUUCACUGUCCCCGCAAGAACGGGUACUUUGGUCACGAGAAGCCAGGCAUCUGCGACAAGUUCUACUUCUGCGUGGAUGGUCAGUUCAACAUGAUUACCUGUCCGGCUGGCCUGGUCUUCAAUCCCAAGACGGGCAUCUGCGGCUGGCCGGACCAGGUGGGCGUCACCGGUUGCAAGUCGGAGGACGUGUUCGACUUUGAGUGCCCCAAGGUGAACGAGAGCAUCGCCGUGACCCAUCCCCGCUACGCCGAUCCCAACGAUUGCCAGUUCUUCUACGUCUGCGUCAACGGAGAUCUGCCCAGGCGAAACGGAUGCAAGCUGGGCCAGGUCUUCGACGAGGAGAAGGAGACCUGCGACUGGGCACGCAAGGUGCCCGACUGUGCCGACUGGUACAAGGAUCGUCUGACCGACAAGGAGCUGGAUGAGCUGGAGAACCCGAAGCCCAAGACCACGACCACCAAGAGGCCACCCCGUGUCCGCGGUCAGUCGAGGCGUAAGCCACAGCCAAAGCGUGUGGAACCGGAGCAGGACAAGGAGGAGGAGGAGGAGUAGGCCUGAUCCCCCCGACUGUUUUAGUCUUAAGUGAAUCCCCACUGAUUGUCACCAUUAAACGAGUGCAGAAGGU